AUGGCAUCGAAAGAGCUGCCUUCAGUCCGCGCGAAUCCGGACGAACACGAGAGGUCCGUCUCAGAUGGCGAUGUCGAGAUGGAGAAGAAGCGACGGAAGACUCGUCGACGUCGUGCUAACAAGAACCGCUUUAAGCCGUACCAUUCGCUGAGUCCAGAGGAGAAGAUGGCGCUGGAUGCCGCUGAGACAGCCAGAUCGGAGCGUAGAACGCGUGAACGGUUGGUUGCAACCUAUUAG